AUGGCGGCCCCCGCCAAGCGGGCGCGGGUAAGUGGCUGCUCGCCCCUCGCCGCGCCCCGGCCGCUCCCCGCGGGGUCCAGCGGCGGCGAGCCCGAGGCCGACGCGGUGGCCGGCUUCCUGAGCUGGUGCACGCGAGUAGGGUUGGAGCUGAGUCCCAAGGUGAUGGUGAGCCGGCAGGGCACGGUGGCCGGCUAUGGCAUGGUGGCGCGGGAGAGCGUGCAGCCCGGGGAGCUGCUGUUUGCAGUGCCGCGCUCCGCGCUUCUGUCUCCCCAGACCUGUUCCAUCAGCGGCCUGCUGGAGCGAGAGCGAGACGCGCUGCAGAGCCUGUCGGGGUGGGUGCCGCUGCUGCUGGCGCUGCUCCACGAGCUGCAGGCCCCAGCCUCACCCUGGAGCCCCUACUUCGCGCUCUGGCCAGAGCUGGGGCGUUUGGAGCAUCCCAUGUUCUGGCCGGAGGAAGAGCGGCUGCGCCUCCUAAAGGGUACAGGUGUCCCAGAGGCCGUGGAGAAGGAUUUGGUGAACAUUCGUAGCGAAUACUAUUCCAUCGUCCUGCCCUUCAUGGAGGCUCACUCCGAUCUCUUCAGCCCCACUGUUCGCUCCCUGGAACUCUAUCACCAGCUCGUGGCCCUUGUGAUGGCUUAUAGCUUUCAAGAACCGCUGGAGGAAGAUGAGGAGGAGGAGCCCAACUCCCCCUUGAUGGUGCCUGCUGCAGACAUACUAAACCACACAGCCAGUCACAAUGCCAAUCUAGAGUACUCUGCAGAUUCUCUCCGGAUGGUGGCUACUCAGCCCAUUCGUGAAGGUCAUGAAAUCUUCAACACGUACGGGCAGAUGGCUAACUGGCAGUUGAUUCAUAUGUAUGGCUUUGCCGAGCCCUAUCCCAACAACACAAAUGACACGGCUGACAUUCAGAUGGUGACAGUCCGAGAUGCUGCACUGCAGGGAACAAAGGAUCAAACUGAAAAGCUGCUCUUGCAUGAACGCUGGGAUUUCUUGUGCGAACGGGAGAUGGUAGGGGAAGAGGGAGCCUUUGUGAUAGGUUGUGAGGAGGUGCUGACGGAGGAGGAGCUAGCCACCACACUUAAGGUCCUGUGCAUGCCUGCUGAGGAGUUCAGAGACUAUAAAGAGCGGGCUGGAUGGGGAGAGGAAGAGACCGAAGAUGAAAGUCUGGCAAUCACAAAUAUCCCCAAGCUCCGAGAAUCAUGGAAACAGCUUCUUCGAGACAGUGUUCUGCUGACCCUACAGACCUAUGCCACAGACUUAAAAACUGAGCAAGAUUUACUCAGUAAUAAGGAGGACUAUGCCAAGCUGAGCUGGCGGGAACAGCAAGCCCUACAGGUCCGCUAUGGUCAGAAGAUGAUCUUGCAUCGGUUGUUGGAACUCACAAGUUAGGUUUCCUGAGAACCCUUUAAGCUCCUGUUCUGUUGCUUGGGAAGGAAGGAAACUAGGGACUCAAUUAGGCAGUCAGACAAAAUCAAGCACUUUUGGAUUAAGGUCAGCAGACUUAAGAACCCAUGAUAUUUUUUUAGAACUUAAUAAAUAUGGACUGAGUUCAACUUUGAGAAGUUCAACCUUUCUUUUAGCACAUCCCCGUGAAGGAUGACAGACUUACUGGACUGGCAGUCUUAUUAGUGGCCUAAAGUUGACUCUCAGUUACAACUCACCUUUCAAGGACAAAUCAUAAGUGGGAUUGUUUCAAAUACUAGUACCAAAACAACCCCCCCCACCACCACACCUAAAGAAGUUUUUAAAUAUAGUUUAACCCCACAGAUUUUCUUGCUCCAACAGCUUCCUCUAUAGUUGAGACAAAAAUGGUGUACAAAAAUGUCCUUACUGGGGAUGGUUGUAAUAUGCCAGUGAGGUAAGAAACGGGUAACUUGGGCUAUACAGUAACAGGACCCCAAAGAAUCAAGUAGUAAUAGGAAAAUCUGGUCAUUAAGUAGUGACUGGGCUGUCCACUUUUAUCACCAGCACUGGCUGCUGCUACCGAGAAAGGCACAGUGGAUUCGCAUGCAUGUCAUGACUUUAAUGUUUACCGUCUUCACACAUACAUGAAAACUGAUUAAGGCCCAGAAACUACAAAGGCUACAAAAUAAAACACGGGCCCAGCUGUUCACGGAACAUUCAUGAUCCUGAUCCUUACAAAAGCAGCAGCUGUAGUAGUCCUUUUGACUCUUGCUAUACACCCUAAGCAUGGUGAUGCAGAACCCCAGACCAGAGACGGUUUCCUCUUCGGGUAUGUUCUCCCUUAGGACCACAUAGCAGGUCAACUACUUCCCAAAGGCAAGCAGAACCUCCUGGGUCUAUCUAGUCCACGCUUUUAAGUGGGUGUUUAAGCCUUCCUAGCUACAUUGCAUUGUAUGAAUUCAAUGUUUUAGUAUUCUCUGGAAUGCCACAAAUGUCAGACAUGCUACUAU